UGGGCUUGUGCAUUUAGAGUUUGGUUUGCAGAGAACUCGUGGGGUUGGGAGGGGGGUGCUGAGAGGUGGAGAAUACCAUUGACUCUUGUGCCUACAAAACCUCCUCCUCCACACACACCCCAGCAGCCUUAGUUUCAUUAAGAUAAAGCAGGGCCUUAUUUGUCGUUCCCCUUCCUGGCAGCCACAGAGGUGGAUUAUUUCUUCUGAUGUGUCUCCCUCCCCCCUUUCCCUUUGCAAGAUAUAACACGUGGGAACCUGAGGAGAAUAUCCUGGAUCCCAGACUGCUGAUCGCUUUUCAGAACAGGGAGCGGCAGGAGCAACUGAUGGGAUAUCGGAAGAGAGGGCCGAAACCUAAGCCACUGGUUGUACAAGUGCCCACCUUUGCCCGAAGAUCCAAUGUGCUGUCUGGCCUUCAAGACUCCUCAGCAGACAACCGCUCCAAGCUGGAGCUGGGCUCCCAAGGGAAGAGCCAAGGUCACCAAUAUGAACUCAACAGCAAAAAGCACCACCAGUACCAGCCUCAUGGCAAGGAACAAGGAGGCAAGCCACCAUCCCACAGCAAAAGCGGCAAAUACUACUAUCAGCUCAAUAGCAAGAAACAUCACCCCUACCAGCCCGAUCCUAAAAUGUACGACCUUCAAUACCAGCCUAGCCACAAGGAGACUUCCAACCCCACCUGCCCAGACUUGGGGACCAAGAACCAUCCACCCGACAAGUGGGCACACAGCCAGGUGUCGAAGGGUUAUCUAAGUGCAGUGAAGCCCUUAGUCAGUGGGGGCGGGGCUGGUGUCAAGGGCUCCGAGAAGGGCCAGUCCAAUGGUGUCACUCCCCAGCCCAAGGAGGCAGGGAUACCCACCGGCAAUGGGAUCGGGGGCAAGAUGAAGAUAGUCAAGAAUAAAAAUAAGAAUGGACGCAUAGUUAUUGUCAUGAGCAAAUAUAUGGAAAAUGGCAUGCAGGCAGUGAAAAUUAAAUCAGGGGAGGGGAUUGAGACGGAGAGCCGCUCUCCUGGCCACACCAAGAAGAAGGCUGGGGAAGAGCGGCAUACCAGUGCGGAUAGGACUUUGAAAAAGAUGGCUGGGACCAAUGAGAAAAAUCCUGAUCUGCCCCUUAAAAGGCGAGAUGAGGACUCCCAAAUUGGGGAAGAUGAGGAGGCCCAGAUCCAGGAUUCUGACUCCCGCAAACCCUCCCCAGCUAAGGAGGCAUUCUCAGAUCAACCCCUACAACUCACCACCAAGCCUGACUCGUUAGCCUGGGAUUCCACCCGGGGCUCACACCCACCUUCUUCCUUUCACCACCAUCACCACCAUCACCAUCACCACCAUUCAGUGGGCUUAAAUCACGCUAACUCCCGCAAGCGUUGCCUCUCAGAUUCCCACGGUGAUCGGGAGCCCUGCAAGAAACGACUCACAGCCCGUAGCAUCAGCACUCCCACCUGCCUGGGUGCCAGCUCUGUAGCUGAGCGGCCAGCCGACCUGCCCAUCGCCUCCUCUGCGGCCGCCGCCCUUCCCCAGCCCGAAGUCAUCCUCCUGGACUCAGACCUGGACGAGCCCAUUGACUUGCGCUGUGUCAAGUCGCGCUGCGGGACUGGGGAACCUCCUAGCCCUCUGCAGGUGAAACCUGAGGCGCAGGCUACUGUGGUAUCGGCGGCGCCAGCCGAAAAGCCGCCGGCUGAGGCGCGGGACGAACCCGAGGAGCCACUGACGGAGUUCAAACCUUUCUUUGGAAAUAUAAUUAUCACUGAUGUAACAGCGAACUGCCUCACUGUCACUUUCAAAGAGUAUGUGACUGUGUAGCUUUGGGGUGGCGUCGAGAAGGGGCGCUCUGCCUCUGCUAAGGGGCUUGGCUUGCGUGGACUGGGAGCCUGAAUCCCCCAUCUUUCUGACCACUGGAGAUUGAGGGUCUGCACUUACAGGCAGCGAACCCCAAUAAACCCUAGUGACCCUGUCCUUCAAAGUUCAUCUCCUUGAUCCAGACAGGAGGCACUAAUCUCUCCCCCACCUUUUCAUCCCUCUCCCAAACCACGCUGCACUGCAGGGGGAAAGGGUUUGGGGGAGUGGAGGGAAUCCUGAGCUUCCUUCCACCCGGUGCCUAUAAGGGCUAUCCCUCUGCUCCCCCUCGCAACCCCUAUCCCCAACCCGGAAGCUGCUCCCAGCCGCUUCCACCCGGACCUCGGAUACUGACAUGACAGCCCUGCGGCUGUCUCAGAGUUAUAGUAUUAUAUUUUAACCGUGCUAACUUGUCAAGUGCUGACUUUGCUUCCCUUUGUACGUGGUGUUAUUAUUGAAAUGUAUUGUUUGAGCUCAAAAUCCCCGACCACCCUAUCGGGCUGAUG